UCCGCUCGUAAAUGUGAGCGUCAGUUGGAGGGUAGAGUCAGUAAGGAUCUGUGAAGUGGCUGUGUUCACCAUGAUGUGGACGGCGAGUCUCUGCCUCCUCGGGGUCUCAUCCAUCCUCAGUGCUCCAGUUAAUAAACAAAGACAGAAGCUGCUGCUCAUCUCCUUCGACGGGUUCCGCUGGGAUUACGACCGCGAUGUGGACACACCAAACCUUGACAAAAUGGCCAAGGAUGGAGUCAAAGCCCUGUAUGUCACACCUCCUUACCUCACCAUCACCAGCCCCACACACUUCACCCUCUUGACAGGCCGCUACAUCGAGAAUCACGGGGUAAUCCACAACAUGUGGUUCAACACAACCACCAAAGCGAAGAAGCCGUACUAUCAGACUCAGUUUGUGAAUGAGUGGUGGGACAAUGGCACUCUGCCUAUCUGGAUCACGGCGCAGAGACAGGGCCUGAAAGCUGGCUCUCUUCACUUUCCUGGCACCGCUUCCAGUUACCAGGGACAGGUUGCCAUGGUACGGGAAGUAGAGCCAUCGCUCUACAACUAUAAGAAUGAGACUCUUUGGAAAAAAAACACAGACAAGGUGAUGGGAUGGUUUAAGCACGAGGAUCUGGACUUUGUGUCAAUGUACUUUGGUGAACCAGAUGGCACAGGUCACAAAUAUGGCCCAGACUCCCCAGAGCGAAAGAAGAUGGUCGAGCAAGUUGACCGAGCAGUGGGCUACAUUCGAGAGUCAGUUGAGCUACACAGUCUGACCGACCACCUGAACAUCAUCAUCACGGCGGACCACGGUAUGUCCACAGUGUACCGCAAUGGUCUGGUGGAGGAGAUCACCCUGAACAAGAUCCCAGGCUUCUCCUUUUCGGACGUAGCGUUUCAUCUACUGGAUUACGGACCCUCUGGGAUGCUGUUGCCAAAACCGGACAGGCUUGAGAAGGUUUACAGUGCCUUGAAAGGUGCCCAUCCACACCUCCAUGUGUACAAGAAGGAAGACAUGCCAGAGCGCCUCCGCUUCGCCAAAAAUGAUCGCAUCCUGCCCAUCGUUUUAUGGGCCGACCCUGGAUAUGUGAUCAAUGGGUACUUUCCAGUUCAAUUCAACAAGGGGGAGCACGGCUAUGACAACGACGACAUGGACAUGAAGCCUUUCUUCAGGGCAGUGGGUCCAGCAUUUCACAAGAACCUAGAGGUUGGGCCUUUUGAGACUGUCAACGUCUACCCCUUGAUGUGUCACAUCCUGGGCAUCCAGCCGGAGGUCAACGAUGGCCACCUGAAUGCCACCAAACACAUGCUGAUUACCAGCAAUGCUUCUCAGGGUAAAAAAAUUAAUUUGGCAGAGAAUGCCUUCAUUGGGAUCGCUGCCAUAGCAGGAUUUCUAGUGGUACAGUAGUAUUCCUAGUGAUGAUGUCCCACAAAGUGCUCAAGAGCAAACGCAAGAAAAAAGGAUCACAAGCAUCAGAACAUCUUCCAGAAAAAGAAAUUACAAAACAAACUCCACUUUGAUCAUCACACAGAAAUGUUAAUUUAUAAAUGUUAAUGUCAGCGUGACACUGAGACACCACCUUCUUGUGGACUGUCCUUUCUUACUGAAUCUUGUUUCUUGAGAAAAUACAAUAAAUAAGCAAACACACACCUUGUGUAAAUCUGUUAGCAAAGGGAGAAUGUUGUUUGUCAAAAUUGUAAAAAAAACGAAUAAUAUAAAACAUUACUGGCAAAAUGUUUGUGUCGAAAUUGUAGCCUCUAUAUUUGAUCACUACAACUGUUCCACUUGCUUGUUGUUUUAUUGUUGAAAGAGAAUUUUAUUAGUUGUAAAAAUGCAAUGACCUAUGAUAUAUAGGCCAUUGCAUGCAAAAUAAAAUAGUA